AUGCUUGGUUUUUGGCCCGUCGACACCGAUGUUCGGAAUCUGGCGGGUAGCAAGGAGUCAGGUCAAUCCAAUCUCCACUCUAAGACCAGCUCCACAACCGCCGGAGAGAGGUUGCGCCGGGCUGACAUGCGGCUCUUGAGCUGUCAGGCUCUUCAUCUCAACUCUGAAGAAGCAACAGUAGUGGACAAUGCUGCAACUGCGAGCACCAGCACUCGAUACGGCAAGAUUUUUUUGAGACCGAUGCUACAUGGAGCAUCUCUCUCUCUCCCUGCGUAUGCGGCUCCCCGUUUCGAUCACAGCUCCAACGGUCUCGAUGGCCGCAGCCACAAUAUUGGGGUGCGCGCCCAGCCAGGGCUGAAGGUUGCGGGACGAAGCCAAGGCGUUCAUUUCUGCCUCGCGAGAGUUGCAGGCUGCCUGCCACGCUGGUGGGCCAGGCACCUUGAACGCCCGCCCGAUGCGCGGGAACCAGUCGCAGCGAGAGCUUUCAACAUAGCUGCGGAGUCGAGAGCGCUGUGA